AUGAGCGGCAAAGAUUUAUCUGUCAGUCGGCAGUCACCGUCGAAUAGUGCCGAAGCAGAAAGUCCACAUUUGCAGCAAAAGCGCUUGCUGCGAACCCCUAAAUGUGCCCGGUGCCGAAACCACGGCGUCAUAUCUUGCCUGAAAGGACACAAGAAACUGUGCCGCUGGCGCGAUUGUCGUUGCCCAAAUUGCCAAUUGGUCGUAGAAAGACAACGAGUUAUGGCCGCACAGGUCGCACUAAGAAGACAACAGUCAUCGGAGGAACAGAAUGGAAGUCACCAGGAUCCGGUAUCGCGUGCCCAAUCGUUGGAAGCCCUUCUGGCGCAGAAAAGACUUUAUCAAAAACAUUUGCGUUCUUUGCAACAGUCUACGCUGACCAGAGAAAUUUUACAAGGUGAGUAA